AUGUACAUAACACUUUUAUUGUUAAUUAUUGUUUUGAUAAUUCUAUUUAGAACAGUGGCAUUGGAUGAAUGGAUUAUUCGGAAAUUAAAGAUCAAACCAAAAACAUCAACUAGUUAUAAGGGAAUUAAUGUUGUUAUUACUGGUGCUUCAGGUGGUAUUGGAGCAACAAUAGCUGGUCAAUAUGCUAGUAUGGGAGCAACACUUGUUUUAGGAGCUAGAAAUGUUGAAAAUUUAAAUCAAGUUAAAGAAGAAUGUUUAAAAAAGGGAGCUGAGCAAUGUCAUGUCAUUUAUCUUGAUGUUUCUAAUGAAGAAUCUUGUAAAACAUUUAUUUCUGAUACUUUACAAGUUUUAAAUAAUAAGGAAAUUCAUAUUUUAAUUUUAAAUGCUGGAAUUGGAAUGAAAAAGAGAUUUGAUGAAUCUACUAAUUUGGAACAACAUAAAAAAUUGAUGGAUGUCAAUUUUUGGGGAGCUGUUUAUCCAGUUCAUUAUGCACUUCCAAGUAUGAAAUUAUCAAAUCCAAAUACUAUUAUCAAUAGACCAAAGAUUGCAGUUGUUAGUAGUUUGAGUGGUAAAUAUACACCUCCAUUAAGAACAGCCUAUGUUUCAUCGAAACAUGCAGUUAAUGGAUUUUUCCAUACAUUGAGAAUUGAAAUGAAAGGAAAGAUUGAUGUUACUGUUUUAUGUCCACCUCAUGUUUAUACUGAUUUCCAAGCAAAUUCAUUUGGUGCUGAGAAUGGUGUUGUUCGUGAGAGAAGUAAAUUUAUUUCACCUGAACAAUUUGCAUCCAUUGCUAUUGAUUCAAUUGAAUUGGGAAUUGCUGAAGAAAUGGUAACUUUGAAAGGAAAAGCUAGUAGAAUUAUUGUUCCAUUACUUCCAACCUUUUUAGCUGAUAAAAUUAUUAGUGACACUGCAACAAGUGCUAGUUCAGUUGUUACUACUACUAGUAAGAAUAAAUAAGUGUGGAAUAUUC